ACCGCUGCUUGAGUUUUGUUUUGGAACGGUCCAGUUGCUUGUCGGGCGGCGCACGAGUCGAACUGUUCCCACGCGCGAUACGAUUAGCUCGACGCGGUGCAACGUAACAUGAACGGGUCGCAUUUCUAUACGCGCCGCGCCUCACCGCGCUCGCACCGCCGAUAACAUCUGCGAAACCAAUAUUUAGGCCGGCGAUAUCGUGAUAGGGUUCGAAUUCGUGCGCGACAUUUCGCCGGCAUCGCGCGGCCAUGUGAUCGCUCCCCGACCGAUGGGAGCGAAAAUCGAACAAAAAAGCCGCCUGCUAAUGUCUACCCCUCCCGGUCGCUACAAAAAAGGGAUAAAAAGGUUAUUCCUGGAAUGCACACAUGUGGACGCCGGGUAAAAGUGGGUGUUCGUAUUGAAUCUGCAGUGUUACCACGAUGCCUCGGAGGAGCAGGUGGAUGCAUUUGGCCGCGGGGGUCGCUCUCGGCGUAACCUUCGGGAUCUUUCUCAAGUUGUGUUUAAGGACUUCGUCCAGGACGACGAUUGAGCCAUGUCCGGAAUCGGCAAAGUUAGUCGAUGCCGACCCUCUCGCCCUGAUAGGCUUGUUGCCAAACGAGACUGUUCACAACUCGAACAGGACAUUAGUGUUCGUGGGUGUCAUGACAGCUGAACAAUAUUUAGGUUCUAGAGCAAAAGCAGUGUAUGAAACCUGGAGCCAGGACUUGCCUGGUCGAAUCGCGUUUUUCAGUUCGGAAGUGUCGCGUGCGCCUGGUUUACCUUUAGUUCCCUUGCGUAAUGUGGACGACAGUUAUCCUCCGCAGAAGAAGUCUUUCUUGAUGUUACUGUACAUGUACGAGAAGUAUGGGGAUAAGUUCGAGUGGUUCAUGCGUGCGGAUGAUGACGUGUAUGUGAGAGGUGAUAAGUUGGAGGAGUUUUUGCGUUCGGUGGACAGCAGGAAACCUCAGUUUAUCGGGCAGGCCGGGCGAGGUACUAGUGAUGAACGAGAUGCGCUGGCUCUGGACUACAAUGAGAACUUCUGUAUGGGUGGGCCGGGUGUAUUGUUCUCUCGGGAGACGUUGAAGAGGGUGGCGCCUCACGUGAAGUACUGCCUGAAGCACCUGUACACGACGCACGAGGAUGUGGAGCUGGGCCGCUGUGUCGCCAAGUUUGCCGGAGUGUCGUGCACGUGGAGUUAUGACAUGCAAACGAUUCUACAUCACAACGGCAGUGGGAACUUGGCGUACACCGGCAGAUUGAAGAACAGAGAAGUACACCGAGCCAUCACGCUGCAUCCUGUGAAGGACCACCGGCAAAUGUACAGGAUACAUUCCUAUUUUAAGAACCUUCGAAUCCAGGAGCUUCGAGAACGUUCUCUAGACUUGCACCGAGAUAUUGCAUUAGCAAUGAAGGAGUUGGCAGUUCCUGAGGAUCAGGUGGAAGACUAUAAGCUGCCUGGAGACGUACCACUGUUUCCAGCCAAGAUUGGGGAUCCAGAUUAUCUGGGUGACAAUAAGAUAUUAGGUGCUCCAAUGGACCUAAACCGCUACAAACCAGACACGAUAGAAGACAUAGUGCCAUUUGACUUCAUCAGCAAGUCUUUAUACUCAGCCAGCCACGCUAAUCCCAAAAGGCGGAUAGAAGGACCACUUCGUGAAGCACUCGACGAUGUUAUCAGAGAAGUAAUGGAGAUAAUAAACGCGCCAUCCCGUCAGCGAGGUCGUGUGAUAGACUUCAAUGAGCUGCUGUACGGGUACACACGCCUGCAGCCGCUACACGGAGCUGAUCAUGUGCUGGACCUGCUCCUCAAGUACCGGCGCUACAGGGGACGCAAGAUGACCGCCGCUGUCAGACGACACGCUUACUUGCAGCAAAGUUUUACCAGUAUGGAGAUUAGAGAAAUACCAAUGGGAGAUCCACCACCAUUCGAGGACCCUGAAGUAUUAGAUGAAUCCGAAGUCACCAAUAACAUCAAUCCUGUAGAUUAUGAAGAUUUUGAUGAGACUCGUCAACAACAAGAAGGAUUUUUAGACAAAUUAAAUGUAAGAGAAGCACUCGAGAGUGGUCUAAUGAAGUUACAGAACUUACCAAAAGUAUUGAACUGGGGUGAUGAUGGCUCUGAGGAAUAUCCAGUGUACGAUAGAAGAAUCCAUUUUAUUAUGCCUUUAUCUGGUAGGCAAGAGACUUUUGGAAGAUUUAUGAAAAACUACGAAGACAUCGUACUGAAGACUAAUGAGGCUGUGUCGCUUAUAGUUGUAUUGUAUCUAGAUACUAGUAAUCCUCUAGACUAUAAGAACUCUGAGAACUUAGUCAACUUCUAUGUUAAUACGUAUGGCAAAGAUAUUAGGACAGUGCUCAUGGGUACGGAGACUUUCUCACGAGGUGCAGCAUUGACAGAAGGACUCAAACUGUGUUCGCCUGACGAUUUAGUUUUCUUUAUAGAUGUAGAUAUGAUGUUUAAUUUUGAUACUCUCAGAAGAAUCAGGAUACACACUAUCAAGUAUCAUCAAGUAUAUUUCCCAGUAGUGUUCAGCGAGUACAAUACUGAAGUAGUUAAUGGUGAUGAUUAUAAUAAACUGUUGGGUGAUAACAUCGAAGAAGAACCUAUAUUGGAUGAGAUGGGAGAGGAAGAAGAGCCAGUUGAAGAAGUUGAAAAAACUGAAAAGGAAUUAAUAAAUCUAAAGUAUACUAAAGAAAUAACUAACGACAACGGUUAUUUCAGACAGUAUGGUUUUGGUAUUUUAGCUAUAUACAAGUGCGAUUUUGAACGUGUUGGAGGAUUUGAUUUAAAAAUCAAAGGUUGGGGAAUGGAAGAUGUUCAAAUGUUUGAAACAUUGAUAAAAUCUAAUUUAACCGUAUUAAGGGUAGCAGAUGAGAGUCUUGUUCAUAUUUUCCAUUCUGUGGCUUGUGACAAGACUUUGCAGAGACCGCAAUUCUUGAUGUGUCUCGGUACAAAAGCCUCCACGUAUGGGAGUGAAAAACAAAUGGUUAAUUAUAUGAUAAAUCAUCCGGAAGUGAUGUGGCCUCCGCAACAGGCUAUUGAAGAAAUGGAAAAAAAGAUAGAAGAAGAAAAAAAGGUUGAGGAGGAAAGAAAGGCAGAAGAACAGAAGAAGAUUGAAGCUGAAAAGAAGGCUGAGGCCGAGAAGAAAGCUAAAGCUGAGGCGGAAAAAAAAGCUGAGGCGGACAAGAAAGCUGAGGCCGACAAAAAAGCUGAGGCUGACAAAAAAGCUGAAGCUGACAAAAAAGCCGAAGCUGAAAAAAAAGCCGAAACUGACAAAAAAGCCGAAGCUGACAAAAAAGCCGAAGCUGACAAAAAAGCCGAAGCUGAUAAAAAAGCUGAAGCUGACAAGAAAACGUCAGAAGAGAAAAAAGGUGCUAGAUAG